GAAAGAAAGAGUGAAGGAAGAUAAGGAAUGGAGGGCUCAAAUAGACCUGCUCGCCCACUCCAGAGAUUGCAAGUUCUCAGAGAUCAUCUUAUACCUAGCGAGAAGCACAUCAGUAACUACAAAAAAGAUAAAAUCGACGAAAACAGCGAGAAAGCAAAGCCCAAUUCUAAGAAGAUGUCUACAGAAUACUCUUUCAAGGGAUGGGUUGGUUCGAGCAAUGAUUGUAUCGAGAAGCAGAACCUUGUCUAUAAGGAUAUCGAGCCUAAGAGAUUCACGGAGGACGAUGUGGAUAUUCGGAUCACCCAUUGUGGUAUUUGCGGGACUGACGUCCACACCCUGACGAACGGCUGGGGCUUCACGAGCUAUCCCGUUGUUGUCGGCCACGAAAUCGUCGGCACGGCAGUGAAAGUUGGGAAGAACGUCCAGGGAAUCAAAGUCGGUGACCGGGUCGGUUGCAAUGCUGAUAAUGAAUCCUAUUGCAAGGACAUGGUAGGAACCUAUAAUGGCAAGUACCCCGACGGCAGCAUGUCCACUGGUGGAUUCGCCGACUACACUCGUGUUCCUGGCCACUUCGUUUUCAAGAUCCCGGAGGCACUCUCUAGUGAAAUCGCUGCGCCCAUGCUCUGCGGUGGAAUAACCAUGUUUUCACCCUUAAAGCGCAAUGGCUGCGGACCCGGAAAGACUGUUGCAAUUAUCGGCUUUGGAGGUUUAGGACACUUCGGCGUCCUCUUCGCAAAAGCCCUCGGUGCGGACAAAGUCAUUGCCAUAUCCCGCAAACCCAACAAGGCGGCUGACGCUCUCGCUAUGGGCGCCGACGACUACGUCGCGACUGACGAUAACCCUAACUGGGCAAGCAAGCACGCCAACACCAUCGACCUGAUCGUGUCCACUGUGAACUCCCCCAAACUCCCCAUCGACUCGUACCUCCAGCUCCUCCGCCACCGCGGCGCUUUUAUCCAGGUCGGCGCACCGGAGGACAGUGUUCCCGGGUUCAACAUACUCCCGCUCAUCAUGAAGGCUGUGCAUGUUACUGGAAGUCUUAUCGGUAGUCCGAAAGAGAUAGAGGAGAUGUUGGAAUUGGCGGCACGGAAGGGUAUUAAGAGUUGGGUGAACCCCUGGCCGUUGGAGAAGGUCAAUGAUGCCUUGCAGGCCUUUGAGAGGGGUGAACCCAGGUAUAGGAUUGUGUUGGUUAAUGAGAAGCAUGCCCAGAAGUAGACCACGCAUCAUGUGCGGGUCGGACAUAUGAUAGGAUGAUAUGAAUUUCGACGAAUUUUGUUUUUUCUUUAUUUGUUUAUUACUUUCGUUUUGACAAGGAAAUUGAACAUCUCAUCUCUCGAA